AUGGCUUCUGCAGCGGCCGAGGCAGAGAAAGGAUCUCCAUUUGUGGUGGGGCUGCUGGUUGUGGGCAAUAUCAUUAUUCUGUUGUCAGGCCUGGCCCUGUUUGCCGAGACUGUAUGGGUGACAGCUGACCAGUAUCGCAUGUACCCGCUGAUGGGGGUCUCGGGCAAGGAUGACGUCUUCGCCGGUGCCUGGAUUGCCAUCUUCUGUGGCUUCUCCUUCUUCGUGGUGGCCAGCUUCGGUGUGGGCGCUGCGCUCUGCCGUCGUCGCUCCAUGAUCCUACUGUACCUGGUGCUCAUGCUCAUCGUCUACAUCUUUGAAUGUGCAUCUUGCAUCACAUCCUACACCCAUCGAGACUACAUGGUGUCCAACCCAUCCCUGAUCACCAAGCAGAUGCUGACGUUCUACAGUGCAGACACAGACCAGGGCCAGGAGCUGACCCGCCUCUGGGACCGCAUCAUGAUUGAGCAAGAGUGCUGUGGCACCUCGGGGCCCAUGGAUUGGGUGAACUAUACAUCAGCCUUCCGGACGUCCACUCCAGAGGUGGUCUUCCCCUGGCCCCCCCUCUGCUGCCGCCGGACGGCCAACUUCAUCCCGCUUAAUGAGGAGGGCUGCCGCGUGGGCCAUCUGGACUACCUGUUCAUCAGAGGCUGCUUUGAACACAUUGGCCACGCCAUCGACAGUUACACGUGGGGUAUCUCAUGGUUCGGGUUCGCCAUCUUGAUGUGGACGCUCCCUGUGAUGCUGAUAGCCAUGUAUUUCUACACUACAAUCUGA